AUGUCUUAUUUCCGCAUACAGAGAUGGAAAACCUUUGCACAUCGGUGGUUCUUAUAUGACGCUUAUAUGCAAUGUCCGAUGCUUUCUGGAGAGCUAUUGGCAUCUUACCUAACUGGAGCCAGAAAACGAAUAUAUGACCCUCGACACGAUUAUGGAGAUAGUAUUAUUGUUUUUAACAGUCGCCACAUCGCCGCAAAGGAUAAUAGUAUGUACUGGAGACGUUUUCUCUACACACACCACACGAGAUUCGGUCCAUACCGCGUUGAAGAAACAAUGGAAGAAAUGCAUGCCCGCGAUCCAACUGAGGUCUUAAGGAGGGAAGUUAGGUCCCAUCUUAAGAACUGCUCCUCACGUCAUGACUGGCUCUCUCGUCUUCAUAUUUUCGCUGAUGGUAUUGAGACCGUACCAGAGGAUCUAAUGAAGAAUAUUUCGGGAGUUAUUCGUCAGGUUAUGCCUGUUCCCAAGAGACUAAAUGAGUAUACCCAGGAAGAAAUUUUGGCUUUUCCUAAGCUAUUUGAUUGGCCGGAGGACUAUGCCGUUCGUCCACUAAGUCAAUACACAAAGCCACGACCACGCGCUGGUAAAGUCCCUAAGGAUGUAUAA